UUCAAGUGACACACUUCGCCUGAAACGGAUCUUUUACAACUUUUAAAAACAAAACUUUUUAAACAAAAACUUUUGAAGCCAGUGUUUCAGUGUAUUCAUUUGUUUUACGUUCGAAUUUCGAUUUUAGAAAUGGGUAUGAUAUCGCGAGUGCGUGGACGCAUACGGAGUGAUUCUUUCUCGAAGCUUCACACGCUUAAGUCCGAAGACAAAAUAGCUAAUAUCGUAUGGCUGCUGUCGCUGGUGCUGGUGCUGCCGUACUGGGCGCCGCGUGGGUUGCUGGUCGCGCUGGGCGGCGCUUGGCUCAUGGCUGCCUACACGUGCCUCGUCGUGCCCGUGCUCAUCUCCGCCAACUAUCGCUACCCGGCGCGGUGGUGGCCCGACGCAGUGAAGCUCGCGCAAAAGAUGUGUCGCAGGCUGGAGAGGCCAGUGUCGUGCGCGCUGGGAGUAGUGCGCGCUGCGUACGCGCCGGUUGACCGCGCGGAGAAGCUCUUCCUGCAGAUGAGCAACCUGUCGACAAUGAUUGGACAAUUGCUGAUGUUCACCGCGUGCGACCGGCUGUUCGUCUCGCAGGGCCGCCUGACCUGCCUCUACUCGCUCAUGUUCUACAACGUGGUCACCUACUCCGUGAGCUACGUGCGCGAGCUCUGCACCAAGAAGGACUGGUCGCCCUACGUCAACGUCACCCGCCACUCGCGCGUCAAGCACCUCGCCAUGUCCGCCACCAAGAUUGUCCUCGAAUGGACUAAAGCAGUCACUUUUAUAGUCACUGUGACUUUUGUGCUUUUAGCUUUUGGACUGGAACAGGGCUUGGAGCAUUACAAACCGACAGCGCUGUAUACGCUCUUCACCGGUACUUAUUAUUUGCUAACGGAGCGGACGUUCCUCGAGCUCUGGCCUAUAGCUUUGACAGCUAUGAAGUUUGAGCGCCUAGAAGGUAUGGAGGCGCUGUAUUUUGGUGUGUGGGCGCGAGGUGUGACGACAGCGCUGGCGCUGCCGCUGGUGCCGGCGCUGGCGUGGUGCGAGCGCUGGCGGCUAGCGUUGCUGCUGCUGUACGUGAACGUGAUCGUUCACGGCAGGCACAGGCUCGGUGAAGCGUUGGGGAAGCUGAAUGAAGCGUGCGGCUCGCUCGCUAGAUUCCGACGAGCGACGGCAGCGGAGCUCUCCACGCUAGAGGACGUGUGCGCCGUGUGUCUAGGCGUGAUGCGCUCGGCGCGCGUGACGCCUUGCGCGCACUUCUUCCACGCCGACUGCCUCAGGAGAUGCCUCGCGGCCUCCGACCGGUGUCCCAUAUGCAUCAGGCCGUACAUAUUCUGCUGAUCGCUGGACACCACAUUCGCCGGACAAGACUGUUGAGAUUACGAAAGCCUCGAGCGUCGAGAUCGAGCACGAGAUCCACGAGAAGAGUGGAUCAAUAUUUACCUAUUUGCUCGGUGACUUUCGUGCAUGAUUUCUGUUCAUGCACAAUUUGCAACCACCAUUUUGUAUGAUU